UUAGCAAGAGAUCAAAUGGCUACCUUAGUCAUUCUGCUCUUGUUUCUCGACCUCUCGGCAGGACUCAGAGCAGGAGCAGCAGCAACAGGACCUGAGGAUUGCAAGCCAACAGGAUGCAAUAGCGACCGCCCAAAGAUACGGUACCCAUUCCGGCUAAAGGACGAUGAGCAGCAGCAGCCAGAACACUGUGGCUAUCCUGGCUUCGAUCUUUCUUGUGAUCAUCCAAACCACACCAUGCUUGAGCUUCCAUUCUCUGUUAAAGUAGCAGUCAAAGAAAUCGACUACAUAUCUCAGUUGAUACACACAUAUGACCCUCAUGGCUGCUUUCCUCGACUGCUUCAAAACCUCAGCUUAUAUACGACUGCCUCUCCCUUCCAACUAGCAACGAAUUACAAGUACAAUUUUAGCUUUUUCAGUUGCUCCUCAACUGAGCCAAUCUCAUACAAUCCGAUCACUUGUCUUAGUAGUGACCCCAAUCACAAAGUUUAUGCCUUUCGGUCGGACUAUUUUAUGUCCGAUUAUCCCUUAUUAUCUUGCAAAAAGAUGUCGUUUAAGAUUUCAUCGCCAAUUCCAUAUGGCAUAUUUUACCAGCGGCCAUAUCAGCUUACAUUGAAUUGGUUCAAACCGACAUGUGGGAUCUGUGAAGCGCAAAGCAAGUAUUGUAGAAUGAAGGAUAACAGCAGUGAUCAUGAAACUGAAUGCGUUGACGACGCACCAAACUCACCCAUUACAGGUACUUCUCUACUUUCUCAUAUUUUACUGUUUUUUAGAUCAUCUCUCCCAUUACAUGCUUAGAAUGAACAUCUUUAUUCUAAUCUAAUAUAAAUAAAUACUAGGAGGCAUGUCUAAAAUUUAAAAUAAUAGUUAGUAGUAUUUGAAAGAGUUGGAUUGAUAAUUAUAGCAGUUAAUUGAAUCAGUUGAAUUUAAGAGAAUUUUUAGAGCAUUUAUCAAAGGUAUGUUGAAAAAAUAAAAAAUAAAAAUGUGAUAGUUUAUACCAAAUCAAGUCUAGACUUUAUAUAAUAUAUAAUAACAACAGGAAAAAAAAAAAAAAAAGUUCACUAUGUGCACCUUCUCAGAUAUAAUUUCUACCAUUUUUUUUUACUAUAAAAGUAUUUUUCAUUAAUUUUCAUUUUCAAUCAAAUCAAUCACCAAAAAAUAUAGAAAACAUAUAAUUUCUAUCAAAACAGAGCCACAGCUUUCGAAUUCAUGUACCACUAUGAGAUUUAAAUUCAAUGUUUCUUGGAGACAGAACUUUAAGAUCAUAUUAGUUCACAAAUUAUUUGGAAUGUUUAAUUAAUCAGGAGAGUGUAACUUUAUUUAUUUAUUUCUCAAUACAGUCUGCACAUCUUUAUUUAUUUUGUAAGCACUAUUUCAUUUGUGACUUCGGAUAGACAUAGGUUUAUGAUUGAUAUUUCAGCUCACAAGAUAAACUGGGUCAGUUUUUAGGCUUGUUUAAUUUUUGGGUUGGACUUGGAAUUUAGAUUUCUAGCCUACUCUACAAAUAAAAUAUUUCUAUAAUUUUAAAUGUAUUAUUUAUAUAAAAGUAUUAGAAAUUAAUUAUUUAUAAUUCCAUUCUUCCAAGAAUUUUUUAGUUCGAAAGCUUAUAUUAUGCUGUUGAAUUUAUUACCCAAUUUUUAACAAUUAAUUACUUAAGCUAACUUUGUUUCUCUUUUGUGUUGCCCCUUUUCCCUUUGUUUUUCCCUUUGUAUGAUGACCGUUAUUAUUGUUAUUUUUUCCUUUUUGCUCAUUUCACGAAAGGCCUAUGCUGUUAUUUAUAGUGACCUCAAUCUCAAAUUUGAUGAGUGGCUUAUAGAUGGAAUCAAUUUCCUCCUUUUUUAUUUUUUUAUUUUAUUAAAUCACAUGUUUAUAGGACUUGGGAAUUACAAUGUCCUUAGGACUAGGCUUGGGGGAAACUUCCAUUUGUGCACCAAUUUUUUUUCUCAACUAAUACUAAUUUUUUAUGUUCAUAUAUCAAUUAUUGAAUACAAAUUAAUAAAUCAAAUAUCAACUACAUAACAGAAAAUCAAUUAUUCGGAUAUCAAGUAUUAAAUUGGGAUUUUCCAUUUGGUAGUUGAUAUUUGAACUAUUAAUUUUUGUCCGGUACUUGAUAUUUGAAUAAGAAAAUGGUGUGAAUUGAGAAAUUUUGUGACGUAGAAAUGGAAGCUCCUGUGUCUGGGUUAACCACAUCAGCUUGAUGCUUCGGCUGCACCAAGUUUGAGAAGACACAAAGGCCAUGUUUGUUUGGGCAGACAUGUGCAUGAGAUUGGACUAACAGUCUAAUCAAGUUAUUAAUCCGAUGUUUGGUUAAAAAAUUGAAGUAUCGAAUAACAAUUUAUCCGGGUAUGGUACCCUACAUAUGAUGGACUAUUCAAUCUCACAUAAGGGGUGGGAUAUAAAUUAGGAGACUAAGUCAAAUUCUGGACUAACUUAUCAAAUAACCAUAAUAGAGGUAUUAUGGUUAAUAUAUUGAAUAUUCCAUGUUCUGUCAUGUCAUAUACAUUCCAAUCCCCUUAAAGAAAUAUUGGGUUGUAUAAUAUUUUGUUAAUCCCUCCUUAUAAUCUUAACUCAAUCCAAACAUAGGAUAAGAUAUACAAUCCAAAAUGAUUCAUAGUCUGAGGACUAUUAGUCAUGAAAAUGCUAAUCCAACCAAAUACAGUCUGCUCAAACAAACAUGGCCAAAGUCUUUUAAUAGGUAGUGUAAUCCCAAGCCGACUAAUGUCCACUGGGCUUCUCAUCAAAUGCAAGGGAAAUUAUAUAAUACUCCCAAAACACCUUGUGACCAUACUCCAAAUCAAUUACCAAUUACUUAGCCCCCAUAUUGUUCCGCAUCCCCAACAUAAAUUGUGGGCACGUACCACUUUCCACCAAUCAAAAUCUUAUAGAGUACCACGUGUUCAUACUACAGGAGUACUGAAUAAUCAUCUCAGAUUCAAGAUGUAAGAAUUUUAAUUAGAAUAAUGAUAUAUAAAUAAAAAAAAUAUACAUAAAUUUUAGGAAAAAUUAUAAAUAAAAAAAA